AUGAAUUCGGGUCCUUUUUCUUUCCUCUCUUCCCGUCGAUCGCUCCAUUGCCGUCUUACCCCAACUUCAGGUUUGAAUCCACGUAUCAAAUCAGUGACAUUGGAUUCCAGUUCCACGGCAAUCAUCGACGAUCCGACAUCGGCUUUCGCUUUAGAAGAAGAAAGUCCAGUGAAGAUCUGCGCUAGGGUUAGGGUAAUGGUGUUGAUGAAAAGAAAAGAUGAGGAAGGAGCGAAGAAAGAACAAUAUGGAGCACCUCCACUGAUUUGGUGGUUCAUCGCAGUAGUGGAGUGGCAGGGGCUAUUCUGGCAACCUCUUCACCACUUCGUUUUCUUGUUCCAGUUACUGUCGAUGAGAGCGGGAGGAAGCAGAAAGAAAACGACAACAGGGGGUGUUUGGGUUGCUUGGUGUGUCAUAAAACAGUGGGAGAAAACGGAAGGGGUUGUUGCUCUUGGCUAG